CUUUAUAAGAGCCGAGCUGCCGAUGACCAGAUCAGAAAACUGACUCCAAACGCUUACAAAAUGAGUAGUCUGCGUUGCAAGAUCCUACAGCUGGCUGUGCUGCUUGUGUUGGCUGCUUUGCAGAUCGGAGCAGAUCAUUUGGAGAGCGAUGAAUGCGGCUGCGGGCGGCGGGGCUGAGAUGUUACAUCAAUAAACAAGCGACGAGCAAUGCAUACAA